AAACAUUAUGCCUACCUCAGGUUUACGAUGCAAUGCAUUCUCACUUCUUUCAUUAAAAUGUUCACACAAGUUGGUGCUUUUAUUUUGAAGACUGUGCAGACAGAUUUCCGGUGAUGCUGCAUGUAGCUUGACGCGCAGCUCGUCUGCUCAGCGGAGUCACAGCCGUGAAAAGUGGCGGAGGCGGACAUUGUUGUGGUAACAGUCCGGCCCUAGAGGAUGAGAAGAGAUGAUGCACUCAUUUUGAGCGGAUAAAAAGAGCGAGAUUGCAUUUUUGAUUUAUUUUGUUUGUUUAUUUGUUUUUUUUAUCUAAAGAAUGAAUCGAUUCUGAAAAAAAAGCUGCUGUUGCACAGAACGGACUCCAGUCACCUACCAGGAGUUCAUUCAGUCGAGCAGAGAGGAGCUACAGCCUGCUGAGACGAUGCCAGCGACGUGAAAAAAUCACAACAUCUGCAGGGGUGUUGCAUCCGAGGCUGCUGGAUUAAGCCUCCGUGGAUCGACCGGGCCUUUUGCACAAUAUAGGCCCACAGAAGAGCUCCUCAAGGCGGCUGUUGCUUUCAUACUGCAAGAGGAGGUAAAAUAAGGACAGUUGUAUUCCUGGAGGCCUCUGGAAGAACACAGCCUGCUGCUGAGAGGAUGACAGACUGACAUUAAUGGAGGGGUUUGCGGUGCGUUUUCAUACUCGACCUCAUUAAGACAUCAGAACACACACUGCAGGAUCUGCACACAUUAGGACCUCGAAGAAAAGCCAUCUAAAAAAAAAAGAAAAUCACAUGUUUUUGUGCCAUGAUUUGGCCUCCUUGUGCUGUAAUGAUUGCAUGAUACAUGACAUCUGGAAAAUAUGCAGAGGAAGAGGAUGUGAUGUGUUGAGCAUUGAAGCUACACAUCUAAGCUCUUUUUAAUAUAUUCUCAGGUAUAUUCUAGGUGUAGGUUUUUUUUAAUAAUAGGAAAAAAAAUGGGCAGCGAAGGUGAGAUAAUAAACAGAGAGCUGUCAAAGAUGUCUGACGAGGAUUUGCUGGCGUGCUCCAAAGAGGAGCUGGUGAUCCGGCUGCGUAAAGAGGAGUCGGAGAAGAUCUCUGCUCUCAUCCAGCGAGGACGGCUGAUAAAGGAGGUGAACAAACAGCUGCAGGGACACCUCCUGGAGAUCAGGGAGCUGAAAGUCAUCAACCAGCGGCUGCAGGAGGAGAACGUGGAGCUGCGGGACCUCUGCUGCUUCCUGGACGACGACCGGCUCAAAGUGAAGAAGCUGGCCAGAGAGUGGCAGCUGUUUGGGCAUCACGCGGCCAAAGUGAUGCGGGAGGACCUGGGAGGCUACUUGAAGAAGCUGGCCGACCUGGAGCGCAUGCAGGACGGCCUGGUGAAGGAGAACUUGGACCUGAAGGAGCUGUGUCUGGUGCUGGAGGAGGAGUGCGUCAGCAGGAGUGACUCCAGCCCAGGAGGCUCCACUGAGCUCAACCUGCCCUGCAUGGUGGCCAGGGACCUGGGGGAUGGGAGCUCCAGCACAGGCAGCGUGGGGAGCCCAGACCAGCUCCACCUGGUGUGCUCACCUGAUGACUGAUGUUCAGCAGUUAAAGGGCUUCCCCUAUACUCACAUAAGGAAUCUGUAGUCUAUAGUGGAGCGGAUAACAUACAUUUUUCAAUCAAAUCGUGCAAAUAUUGAUACAAGCACCAAGUUUGGCAUGAUGAUUGCCGAGGGGGUCACUAAGCAAAUAUAAACGAUUGGCCACUUGAAAAUCCAACAUUUUGGUGGCCAUUUUUCAAGAUGGCCGCCAAAUUGACCUGCUGAUGAUGAUUUAUGUAUCUCAUAGAAAUGCAUCUACUUGAUCGAUUUGAGUGAUCUUGGUUUCAAAUUAUCUGUUUUCUGGCAAGCUGGAUCUAAUUUUCAUAGUUUUAACAAUUUUUAACUGCAACAUGUCGGCCAUUUUUCAAGAAGGCUGUCAAAUUUACUAGCGGAGAAUGUUUUUCUCAAGUGCAUGUACUUGGUCGAUUUGAAUGUGUACUUAUUUAGGUUAAUUCAACACAACUACUGCUUCUUUAGGUUUAGGCAACAAAACUACAACUUCUUUAGGUUUAGGCAAAAAAAAUGGAAUUUCACACGGUCUAUACUACAGCGCCUGACUUCUGCUUCUGCUCCUGUCAUAAUUACUACGGUCGCUAGAGGUUUCAGUGAUCUACCAUGUGAAUAGAUCAUUAAACCUACUAGUCAGUGUAGUAGGCACCUAUUGACCCAUAUUUAUGGGGCUUAUAGCGACUGUUAAUGCCUAUUUAAUAGCCUGACAACAGAAAUGCAUGUACUUGGUCGAUUUGAAUGUGUGAUGUAGAGUUAUAUGUUUCAUGUAUGCUUGAUCUAAUUUUUUACAGCUUUAACAUCCUACAAUAACUUUUUUGUUACUUUCCUGGCUGUCUGCUGAGUCUUUGCUUUGUGGUUUUUGCGGCUUGAGAGUCCACAGUUCCAGUUCUAGCACCUGGUGUUGGAUAUGGAGCUUGUCAUAUUCCUGCUUAUCCGGUCUUUCAGGGAAGGAAACUUUGGACCACUGAUCCCCAACUCGACCAAUUAGAUGAAUUUCUAUGAGAGAAACCAUUAUCGGCAGGUCAAUUUGGUGGCCAUCUUGAAAAAUGGCCGCCAUCUCUGAUUUUCACGUGGCCAAUCGUUCAUCUUUGCUAAGCGUCCCCUCGGGAAUUAUCAUGCCAAAUUUGGUGCUUGUAUCACUAUUUGCAUGAUUUUUCCACUAUCCGCUCCACUACUAGGGGGUGAUGGGAUUGACAGAAAGGAGAGCUUUGUCAGACAAUAUGGUGCAAAAGCAUUAGGGCCUUCUGAAUGCUGCAAAGAUGUGUGUGCCACGAUAUGGUUUUUGACUUGACAAAGAAUCCACCACUAUGGACUUUACAAAAAAGACAUUUAAUAGAUGUUUUGCCAGAUGAUAAUGUAUCUAAAUUUUACAGUGUUUUUUCUAACGACUCCUCUGUUUUUGGGAAUUUCUCCUUUUUCAGUGUUGAAAAAAAAGAAAUGGGACCAAAAAAAAAGUGGGUCACAUCUAUAAAUUUAUCUCAUGCACUGGACUAGCCUACACUGGUAGACGCCUUGUUUUUCUAUUGCACUGGACAGCGUUAUCAUGGAUCUUUUAAAUCCCCAGAUCUGAAGAUUCAUUUCAAUCCAGUUUUGAGCCAUAUUUAGUCCACUGAAUUCCAAUAGCACUGAAAUACAUGAGUUGUGAUAAAAAGAGAAAAAAAAGAAACUAUUUGAUAUUUUGCUUUUUGCUAGAUGCCCAAUAAUGUGUAAUAUUUUAUGCACUCUCUUCCUCAGGACAGGAUUGGAGUGCCAUAUGUGCAUGAUGAUUGUCACACUUUGUACAGGCCUGUGAACCAGUCUGAUGUGAAGGCCCUUCAGGUUUACUGUGGGUGGGGCUGCUGUGCAUAAUGUAUACAUGUGCUAGAGCCAGCACACGUGUUAAGGUUUUGGAUCAGACAUGAUAGAUGUCCUUGGACCUCACUCACAGCUGAACUGAACAAGUUCUGUCACUUUUUUAACAACUGGAAACUCUUUGUAUCAAACUGGAAGGUCUACAAGUUUUAAUGAUUUAUAUUCUAUUCAAGCUGUUUAAAUUCACUUGUAUUACAUUUUUAUUACAUUGUUGUUGAUGUUCAAUUAGCAUAUCACAGAGUUUCUUUGAGUUGGCGACAGUCAGCUUUGUCUUCUGUAACUCAUGCUUUGUAUUUACCCUGUGACAUUAGGGAUGAUCUUAACUUUGACCCGUCUUUCUCUUGAUUUAUCUGUAUUAACUAGCGUUACUAACCGAUUUCAGUUUAAAUCAUAGAUAAUGCACAUGGAUUAGAAAAGAUUUAUUUUGUCGUUAGCUGUUUAUUGGUGGGCUAUGCUCGUAGUGCAUUGAAGAGCUUUAAAUACAGUGGGUAUGACACUUUG